CGCCCGGUACAUGGUGAGGCUCCGCCCGCCCUGGCCCGCCCCGCCCCGCCGUGGCUGAGUUGGCGCCGAGCUGGGAGUUUGCUUGAGAUUCCAAAGUCCCGGACGGAUCAUCAUGAGAGAGUGCAUCUCCAUCCACAUCGGACAGGCUGGAGUCCAGAUCGGCAAUGCAUGCUGGGAGCUGUAUUGCCUGGAGCACGGGAUCCAACCGGAUGGAAAUGUGCAGAGUACCAAGCCCACCAACAAAGUGGACGACUCCUACAGCACCUUUUUUAGUGAGACUGGAGCAGGAAGACGUGUUCCUCGUGCAAUCUUUGUGGACUUGGAACCCACGGUGAUAGACGAGGUCAGGACUGGGAUUUACAAGCAGCUUUAUCACCCGGAGCAGCUAAUCACUGGCAAGGAAGAUGCUGCCAACAACUACGCUCGGGGUCAUUACACAGUUGGAAAGGAGGUCAUUGAUAUAGUCCUUGAGCGUGUCCGGAAGUUGUCAGACCAAUGCACGGGCCUUCAGGGCUUUCUGAUAUUCCACAGUUUUGGGGGAGGCACGGGAUCUGGCUUCACUUCCCUGUUGAUGGAGCGUUUAUCCGUCAAUUAUGGGAAGAAAUCCAAGCUGGAAUUUGCUAUCUAUCCAGCUCCUCAGAUCUCUACGGCUGUGGUUGAGCCGUACAACUCCAUUCUCACCACUCACACUACCUUGGAGCACUCGGACUGUGCGUUCAUGGUGGACAAUGAGGCGAUCUAUGACCUCUGUUGCCGAAACCUUGACGUAGAACGUCCCACAUACAUCAACCUCAAUCGUUUGAUUGGCCAAAUUGUGUCCUCAAUCACUGCCUCGCUGCGUUUUGAUGGAGCUUUGAACAUAGAUCUGACAGAGUUCCAGACCAACCUGGUCCCCUACCCUCGUAUCCACUUCCCAUUGGUAACCUAUGCGCCCAUCAUAUCUACUGAGAAAGCCUACCAUGAGCAGCUGUCUGUGUCAGAGAUUACCAAUGCCUGCUUCGAGCCUAACAACCAGAUGGUGAAGUGCGAUCCUCGCCACGGCAAGUAUAUGGCCUGCUGCAUGUUGUACCGGGGCGACGUGGUCCCCAAGGAUGUCAACGCUGCCAUUGCCAGCAUCAAGAGCAAGCGAUCAAUUCAGUUUGUGGACUGGUGUCCCACUGGAUUCAAGGUUGGGAUCAAUUAUCAGCCUCCCACUGUGGUGCCCGGCGGUGACCUGGCCAAGGUUCAGCGUGCUGUCUGCAUGCUAAGUAACACGACUUCCAUUGCUGAGGCCUGGGCCCGUCUGGAUCACAAGUUUGACCUAAUGUAUGCCAAGCGGGCAUUUGUCCACUGGUUUGUGGGCGAAGGAAUGGAAGAGGGAGAGUUUGCUGAAGCAAGGGAAGAUUUGGCUGCAUUAGAGAGAGAUUACGAGGAAGUGGGGGCAGACACUGUGGACCAGGACGAUGACGAUGAAGAAUACUGAAAACCACAUUCCAGCCAUUAUAAUCAAUGCAAGUGCUGUGUUACUUUCACUGUGCAAUGCAUAAACUGCAAUGAAUAAACCUUAAGUUUGUUGGUGUUUUAAUGGGAUAAAUCAAUGUGGCGGAGGCAGAAAAGAAUAAUAACAUUUACAAGAUAUUUCGACAGGUAUAUAAUUACAAUAGAUUUAGAGGGAUGUGGGUCAAACGCAGGGAAAUGGGAAAGCUUAGGUGGGCACGAUCAGCAUGAACUAGUUAGGUCAAAGGGUCUUUUCCAUACUCUAUGACUCAAACUUAGUUGCGGAUGAUUGUACAUAAUCACUAACGGCUUCAAUAAUGAAGUAAUACAUGUCCACAAGCAACAAGGUCAAGUCAAACUGAGUUUCUGAGACAAACCUAAAACAUUUGUUCUCAGCCAAUACUGUGGAAUACAUUCUUCUGACGUCCUCACCUUCCUCAGGCUCCUGGCAUAAAUUCUCUCUUUUAACCUCUGCCUAGCUACUCCCUUGCCUUAAUGUAUGAAUAGAAUGCUUUUGGAUUUUCCUUAAUACUGCUUGUCAUGACAUUUCAUAGUCCAUCUUGGUUCCUGUUAGAGUUCAUUUGGGUCUGGUUUCAACUUCCUAAACCUUACAAAUGCUUCAUUUUUUUUUCCUUUUUGCCUAUACUGUAUCUACAUCUCGUCAUCCAAGAUUCCUAAACCUUGCCAUCCUUGUUUUUCCUCCUCACAGGAACCUGCAUAUUCCUAAAUUCUGAUCAGCUGGUCUUUAAAUGACUCCCACAUGUGGACCUACCCAACAACACAUGCUCCCAAUUUACUCUCCCUAGCUCCUGCCUAAUUAUAUUGUAGAUUGCUUUCUCCCAAUUUAACAUUUUCCCCAGAUAUCUAGACUUAUUGUUAUGCGUAAUUAUCCCAACACGUAAGUAGUUGUGAUCACUGUACCCAAAAUGCUCUCUCGUUGAAACCUCAAUCACUUAGCCAGGCUCAUUUCCUAAUGCAAGGUUUAGUAUGGCCCCUCCUCUGGUUGGACUAUCCACAUACUGUUUCAAGAAACCCUCAUGGAUGCACUAAAUCUGUCUAAUCUAGGCCUCUUGCACUUAGGGUAUCUCAAUCAAUAUUGGGGAAAUUAAAGUCACCUACAAAAUCUACAAGUGUUUUUGGUUGCAAAGGUCUUUGGGUCACCUGAGGUUGGACAGCUGAAAGUACAAGUAUGCUGCACAGUUUGAUCUUUUCCUGAAAAUAACCUCGGGUAACUUUACCUUAAAGAUUUUGACAUUUACCUUUUAAACUUUACUCGUUUGACAUUUACCCUUGACCCAAGCAGUCAGGAGUCUCUUUCCACUUAAUCUAUUCACUUAGGUUUAGAGAUUAAACCUCUGUACCUCCUCUCUGCAGGACCUAUCCACAAUCGCGUUCGGUUACGGACAAAAUGUCAGCAUUUGUAAAAACUCACACGCCUCCCUUUUUAUUUAAUUGUGGAAAUUGUAAUCUUUCAUCUAAACACUGAUUUAGUAACAGUUGCAGUUUUCACAGGAAUUUGAACAAUUCUUUUCAUUUACUGUUUGGUUUUCAUGGAUCUUCUGAGGGUUGGCAAUUAUCUCACAAUGUGGUUAAUUUCUCCUAAAUUAAUUUCCAGCUGCUCUCUUCAUUUUUGUGUUUUUAUAUUUUGGGACAUUUCUACUCUCUGCAAAUGUUUUGUCUCCUGCACUUAUACCCGCACUCAGAGAUGGGCACCAAUUCUUUGCCCUUCAAAAUAUUUCCUUUUGCUUUGACAUCUUGGUGAGCUUUCUGCAGGACACCAUGGGUGAUUAAUUUCUCUACAAAUUAUUUUAGUGUGAUGAGCCUGUGCUGUUGUACAGCGCAGGAACAGGCCCUUUGGCCCACAGACUCAAUGCUGACCAUAUACCAGUUGAUCUACAGUUAAUGUUCAAUCACCAGAGAGAGAACAAAUAAUCAAUCUUGUUUUAGUUGGAACCAAUUAGUUUAACAUCAGAUGUGCAUAAACAAUAUAUUAGAUUUCCUGCGCAUGUUAGACCCUUGCUGUUUCAUGACAAGUGCUCAGCAACAGUGUACUUUAUAUCUUACUGAAUCUGAGCAGCUCAGAUCUUCAUACUUUUAAUAAAUGAUUUUGCUAAUCUA